AUGUUUUUAGAUUCCCUGGACUCAGAUCAACAGACAUUUGUGGCAUUCCCAAUUAAAGUGCUAGGAAACAAAUUAAAAGCUUCAAGAUCAAGGCUGUUGCGGGGCGUGGGUGGCAGGCACGGGCAGUUCGGGAGGGGAGGGGGCGCGGCGGUGGCGGCAGGGGAGAGCAUGGCUCAGCGGAUGGUCUGGGUGGACCUGGAGAUGACAGGAUUGGACAUUGAGAAGGAUCAGAUUAUCGAGAUGGCCUGUCUGAUAACUGACUCUGAUCUUAACAUUUUGGCUGAAGGUCCCAACCUGAUUAUCAAACAGCCGGAUGAGUUGCUGGACAGCAUGUCAGAUUGGUGCAAGGGGCAUCAUGGGAAGUCUGGUCUUACCAAGGCAGUGAAGGAGAGUACAACUACAUUGCAGCAGGCAGAGUACGAAUUUCUGUCCUUUGUACGACUGCAGACUCCUCCGGGGCUCUGUCCACUUGCAGGGAAUUCAGUUCAUGCAGAUAAGAAGUUUCUUGACAAAUACAUGCCCCAGUUCAUGAAACAUCUUCAUUACAGGAUAAUUGAUGUGAGCACUGUUAAAGAGCUGUGCAGACGCUGGUAUCCAGAGGAUUAUGAAUUUGCACCGAAGAAGGCUGCUUCUCACAGGGUACUCGAUGAUAUUAGCGAAAGCAUCAAAGAGCUUCAGUUUUACCGAAAUAACAUCUUCAAGAAAAAGACAGGCGAAAAGAAGAGGAAAAUUAUAGAAAAUGGGGAAAAUGAGAAGACUUUAACUUUCCAUCUCCAGACUCCUCAAGCAGACAAGACAUCACUGUUUGUUUCUUCUAACCUGCUGUUUCCGUUAUGACACAGCAACUCUUCUGUAAGCUUCAGGCCACGCCUACCCCCUCAGUCCAUAUCUGCUCUUGCUUAUAGGCCAUUCCUUUUGUUUGAAAAUAAAUAAUAAAUAAAGCUAGUUCUAUUGAAAUGCAAAAAAAAA